UCUUGUUUUCCACAGCCUUUGAUUAUGGCUUCUUGCUGCACACAAGUGAGGAGGCCACAGCCACCGUGGCUCUGAAUGAGUACCUGAGCUCCCGCAGCUACCUGGCUGGGUUCAGCCCCUCUCGGGUGGACCAGGAGGUCUUUGAGCUCCUGCACAGGCCCCCGGCCCCGCAGCACGUGCACGCUCUGCGCUGGUACAGGCACAUAGCAGCCCUGCAGCGGGAGACCCCCAGCCCAGAUAGCAGCAUAAAGGGAAAGAGGGUCCAGCACCCCUGGUCUGCCCCAGCCGGGUCCAACCUGCCAAAGCUGCGACUCUACAACAGCCUCACACGCACCAAGGAGCUGUUUGUUCCCCAGAAUGGAAACAAGGUGUCGUGGUACUGCUGCGGACCCACUGUCUAUGAUGCCUCUCACAUGGGACAUGCCAGAUCUUACAUAUCUUUUGAUAUCCUCCGAAGGAUUCUGAUGAACUAUUUCAAAUACGACGUGUUCUACUGCAUGAACAUUACUGACAUAGAUGACAAGAUCAUCAGGCGGGCCAGACAGAACUACCUUCUGGAACAGUACAGAGAGAAGAAGCCAGCGGCCGCCCAGGUACUGCAGGAUGUCCUUAGUGCCAGAGGGCCCUUCCAGGCCAAGCUGGCCGAGACCACAGACCCAGACAAGAAACAGAUGCUGGAGAGGCUGGACUCUGCCGUCGCUGCUGCUCUGGGACCCCUGCAGGGGGCGGUGGAGAGCAAGGCUGGGGAGGCUGACAUACAACACCUGGCUCAGGUGUUACUGGAGAAGGCCAAAGACCUGCUGUCUGAUUGGUUGGAUGCUCAAUUUGGCAGUCAGGUGACCGAGAACUCCAUCUUCUCUCUUCUUCCAAAGUUCUGGGAAGGGGAGUACCACAACGACAUGGACGCCUUGAAUGUCCUUCCCCCAGACGUACUCACCCGCGUCAGCGAGUACUGCCCAGAGAUCGUGGACUUUGUGAAGAAGAUCCUAGACAAUGACUUCGGGUACGAGUCCAACGGCUCAGUUUAUUUUGACACAGCCAAGUUUGCCACCAGCCAGAAGCACGCGUACGGCAAGCUGGUACCCGAGGCGGUCGGCGACAUGAAAGCUCUGCAGGAGGGAGAGGGAGAUCUGAGUGUCUCAGCAGACCAGCUCAGUGAGAAGAGGUCGCAGAAUGACUUUGCCCUGUGGAAGGCCUCUAAGCCGGGGGAGCCGUCCUGGGACUCACCCUGGGGAAAGGGACGGCCUGGCUGGCAUAUCGAAUGUUCUGCUAUGGCUGGUUCCAUCUUGGGAGAGUCCAUGGACAUCCACGGGGGAGGGUUUGACCUCCGAUUCCCCCAUCACGAUAAUGAGUUGGCUCAGUCCGAGGCUUACUUUGAGAACGACCACUGGGUUCGCUACUUCCUGCACACUGGUCACCUGACCAUCGCAGGCUGCAAGAUGUCCAAAUCUCUCAAGAACUUCAUCACCAUCAAGGAUGCCCUGGCGAAGAACACAGCUCGGCAGCUCCGUCUAGCCUUCCUGAUGCAUUCCUGGAAGGACACGCUGGAUUACUCCUCCAACACCAUGGAGUCGGCUGUCCACUACGAGAAAUUCCUGAAUGAGUUUUUCCUCAACGUCAAAGACAUUCUCCGAGCUCCCUGUGACAUCACCGGACAGUUUGAGAAGUGGGAGGCAGCAGAGAUGGAGCUCAACGAGAGUUUCUAUGAGAGGAAGGCAGCAGUCCACGCGGCGCUGUGUGACAACGUGGACACGCGCAGCACCAUGGAGGAGAUGAGGGCGCUGGUGACCCAGAGCAACACCUACAUAGCCAGUAGGAAGAGCUCCAAGCUGCAGCCCAACCGCAUGCUGAUGAAGAGCAUCGCUCUCUACCUGACUGACAUGCUCAAGACCUUCGGGGCCAUUGAAGGGACCGAGCCUAUUGGAUUCCCAGUGGGAGGAGAUGGUCACCAUGUGGAUAUGGAGACCACAGUGAUGCCCUAUCUGAAGGUGCUGUCAGACUUCAGAGAAUCUGUUCGCAAAAUUGCCAGAGAACAGAAUGUGACAGAGGUGCUACAGCUGUGUGACGUGGUCCGUAAUGACACCUUACCUGAGCUGGGGGUGCGUCUAGAAGACCAUGAAGGCCUUCCCACUGUGGUGAAGCUGGUGGACAAAGAGACCCUGCUGAGGGAGAGGAAUGAGAAAAAGAAGAUGGAGGACGAGAAGAAGAACAAGAAAGAGGAGGCUGCCAAGAAGAAGCUGGAGCAGGAGUUGGCCAAACUUGCGAAGAUGAAAAUCUCCCCGUGCGAUAUGUUCCGCUCUGAAACCGACAAGUAUUCCAGCUUUGAUGAGACGGGUUUCCCCACGCAUGACGUGGAGGGGAAGGAUCUCAGUAAGGGACAGACCAAGAAGCUGCGGAAACUCCACGAGGCCCAGGAGAAACUGCACCAAGAGUAUCUCCAGACCAAUCAAAAUGGCUGCUGAGAGUCCUGGGCCACGUUCAGUUGUCAAACGUUCUCGAAUGUUGCAGAUGGUUACGCCACUGUUGUCGUCGACAUGAUUCCUGAAUCUACAUGUCAGAGAGAACUGCUGAACACGCCCCCUGGAGGACGCUGCUCCGCCCCCUCCCGCGCUCCGCCCAUAGCGAUAGUUCUGUCCUCAUUUGUCAUUAUUCAGUUCCUCCAAUCAUUUUUUUUUGCUAAAUCAACAAUUCCCUGCAUAUUAUGUGAGGGCUUGCAAAUUUGACCAAUCACCGCACUAUCUCCGAAUAAAGCAGUCAAAUCGUCGCAAUAUUAUCGCAUAAAAUGUACCCAUCACUGCAGUACAAAAAGAGAGCUUGCAAUUUCAACCAAUCACCUCACAUUUACCGCGUAAUAUAGUUCAUUCAAGCCACACGACAAAACUUUUCCCUCAUCAGUGUAUUUUCCAGACCAAUUGGACAAAAUCAUCGCAUAUCGCUAUGCAGAAUUGCAGUAGCAAAAUAUAGCUUAUUUUUUUCUCUCAGAAAAUUACACAAAAAUCACUGAAUUCCUGGAGGGCCUGACUAUUGGUGAUGCUGAGGCCAGAGAGACCCUGGGUGUGUUUCAAUAGUCUAAAGAAUGAUCUCCUCGUCUCCUCUUAUCCUGAGUUGACAGGUCAGGACGGUGAUGGGUUAUUUUCUUUCUCCUCUCCACCUCUUUUACAUUAGAGCAGGUGAAAGGUGAGGAGAUGAAACCGCAUUGGACUAUUGAGGUGCAUCCACUCUCCGUGUUUUUAAGACCUUGAGACACAACCUGGGCUCCUUUGCACUGCACUCCAUGGGGUCACUUUUAAAGGGUUGGUUCAAUCAAAAUCAGUAAUGGAUACAUGUUUUGUUUUGUUUUUGUGAUUGACUGCAUCUACAGUUCGGAUUCAGUUACUUUCUUACAGCUACCACCGGCUAAGAUUGGUAUUGAUAACCUCAGUUUCACUUGUUUUAGCUUUAACUCAAUUGCGUGCCAAAAUGAACUCUGCGUGAAACCACGCCUGGGGGUAGUCGAUAGCGACGCUAAAGUGUGUCUGUGGUUGCUUUAGCAUAGUAAUAAUAACCUACUAUUUGUAGUUGUAGACACUCCAUGGCCCGACGACAACCUUGCAAGCUGAAGAAAUGAUGACAUUCAGGUGAACUAUCCCUGUAGACAACAGUUUGUCUGUUGAAAGGGAAAAUGAGUCCUCUGAAACCCUUUGUUGGCCCAGGCUUCCAUGUGCUGUAGAUUGACUCGUCACACAGUGAUCGUUUUCGCUCUCCACUGCAAACUGCUAUUCAGUGCUGUUAUUGGUUGGCAGCGUGUCCUACAACCGUCCAGUGAGGUUUCAUUUCCCUCUCUCUCCACCAUGACUGCAUAUCAUUCCUUUUUUAAAUUCUGAUAUUAUGACUGAGAGGACAGUGAGGUUGAUACACAGUGAAGUUGAAUUAAUGCACGAUUGCAAUGCAGAGAUGAUCACAGAAACAUUUGUUCCAGAGGCUUCCUUGGGGGUUUUGGUCUUUCACAUGACAAAAUAACAUGCUUUGAACAGGUGUUAGGCUUGUUGCAACGAUAGCAGAGGGAUGAGAAAUCUUUUAUAGGAAUAUGGAAUUUGUGAGACGUUGAAAUAAACAUUUAAAAUAAAGAUUUUUAACCAAA